UAAACUAAUAGAAGUUUCUCUGGAUUCUAACUUUGUUCUAAUUCCUGCUCUGGGCUGAGUGAAGAAUAAAACUAAAUGUUGUUGUUCUGGGCUGCUGAGCAGAAUAGCUCAGGGGUUUUUGUCAGAGAAGUGAGAGCGGUUGUGCGUUGCACCGGCAGCAACCUUGUUUGGGGGCUGAUGGUGAUUGAAAUAUACGGCGUUGGAGCGCAUGCUUUUACUUUGAAAGCCACAUUCUUUUCUCCACGUUCACAAUUUCGUCCGGCUUUACGCACCUCCAUCCCCACAAGAAGUACUUUGUUUUAUCCGAAGGGGGUUGCGCUCCUUUAGAAAGGAGGAGGACUGGCCCGGUUCAUCUGGGCCGCACACUUUUCUUCAUUUUGGGCUACAGCCGGGGCCUCAAGGAAAGCCCCGGAUCCCGUAAGAAGGGUGGCUUUUUUAGUACUCAAGGUCGAGGAGGGGGGAGCAACACGGACAGAACGGGAUGCUUCAGAACCUCGGGCUUGAAGAGGGGGGCCCCCCCGUCUGAUUCUUCACAAUAACCGUGGCUGGGAUGAUGGUGGUGAUGCACAUCCAGCAGAGCGCCGGAUUCCCACAAACCCUCACACACUGCGCCACAGCCCCGCAACCGAGCGUGAGCCACCGCACGGACACACGCUUCUGCUUCUCCUGUGAAUCAGAGCCCGUCUCAUUCAAAGUCGGACUUCCAGACCGAUGCAUGGACCAAACCGCCGGGUAACCGAGCAGCUUGUACCCCGGCUCACGCUCCUUGUCGGGAUGCUGCACAGGGAGCAGCUCUGAUCUGGCGAUUUCAAAAGGUUUCUGACGCGCCGCUGCUGCUGCUGCUGCUGCUGCUUUGACACAAGACGGAGGGGGAAGAUGUUGGUGCGAUGCUGCCGGGUUAAGCUGUCGGUGUGGGCCGCUCUGUGCGUGCUGGUGCUCGGCUGGUUCUACGUUUUCCCUGCGUACAGACUUCCCAGCGACAAAGAGAUUGUGGAGGAGGUGCUGGGACUGGGGGAAGCUUGGAAGAAGAACCAGACGGGUAUCGAUUUGUACAGGAAUCUGCUGACAGAAUGUUGCAAUCCGAGGUGGAUGUUUGCAGUGACGAAGGAGAACGCUCCUAUUGGCAAGGUCCUGUGGUACGAUGGAGAGUAUUACUACUCGCACACUGUCAACAACGAGACGUAUUCUGUUUUUGUGCAGACCACCCCUCUGAAACCCCUGAAGAAGUGUGCUGUGGUGGGCAACGGCGGUAUCCUCAGGCACAGCAAAUGUGGACGGGACAUUGACCAGGCUGACUUCGUCAUGCGGUGCAACCUUCCACCGCUUACGAAGGAAUAUUUGGAGGACGUGGGGAACAAAACCCACCUGGUCACCGCCAACCCGAGCAUCAUUGAGAAAAGAUUCCAAGGUCUUCUCUGGUCUAGAAAAGCUUUCGUGGACUAUUUGAAGGCAUACGGCUCUAGCUUCAUCUACAUGCCAGCGUUCUCCAUGAAGCCCGGCACCGACCCGUCACUCCGGGCAUACUACGCCGUCACAGAUUCCCAUUCCAACCUCACCAUGCUCUUCGCCAACCCCGACUUCCUGCGCAACGUAGGCAAAUUCUGGAAAGCGCGCGGCGUUCAUGCCAAGCGCCUCUCUACGGGCCUCUUCCUGGUCAGCCUGGCCCUGGGGAUGUGCGACGAGGUGACAGUUUACGGCUUUUGGCCGUUCUCCAUCGGACUGGACGGGCAGCCCAUCAGCCACCAUUACUAUGACAACAUCCUGCCCGGUAAGUGGUUCCACGCCAUGCCGGAGGAGUUUGUCCAGCUGUGGCACCUCCACAAAAGCGGCACUCUGCGAGUUAAGGUGGGAAGCUGUCAACCUCAGAAUGAAGGGAGUUAGAGCGCCUACGGACUCCCUAAUGUCAGUGAGGUUAUGAUGAGCAGGAGAAGAGAGUUGGACUGCAAAUUAUCAGACGCUUGUGAGAAUAAAGGUUAUAGGGCCACAUAUUUCCUCUGGGAGGUACCCACACUACACCCGUGAUUAUUUAUUUACCUGAUUUUCUCCAAUUUUCUUCCUAUUCAUGAUAAAAAUGUCUAUUCCCUGACACACACAGAGUUUCCAUACAGUCCCAAAACUUGCCAUGCACCUGCCCUCAUCUGUGGAACAGUGUGUGUGUUUCCACGGGAAACCUCAGUUGCGAAAGAGAAAAGGGGGAUGGAUUUUCCUCUUGACUGACACAUGUGGCAGCUGGAUCAACCCCCAGCUUACUGAUGUAAGGAGGCAGAGGGAGCGAAGGGCCAAAGGGGAAUAAUAACAUGCACUGAAAAGGCUGCUGAAACACAACAAACAAUGGAGAUAAUGGUAUUGUGGUUGCUAGUGGCUUGAAAAGAAGUGAUAUUUAAUUGAGCAAGGGGUAAAAAAAAGUUUUUUUUUCAGGGUGUAAUCUCAGUGUUUUUCUCAAACUGAUUGAUUCCAAAUGGAGCUGUUAUACAAUGUAGAAACUGACUCAUGAAUUAAAUCCCCUCGAAUGUUAAGCCAUGUUGCAUUUUAAACCUUGAAUCUAAAAGGGAAAACCUGCUGUGGUGUAUCUUGUCUUUGUUUGCCAAAUGUGAUGUUUUUUUUAUUAUUAUUGCUUUUCUUUAGGUUUUAAUGUGAAUUGUGUUUGUGGUACAUCAAGGGGGGGAGAUAUUGUCCUGCCAAAACACAUAGGUACCUCAGCUUUCACUCCUCUUUUAACAGUGAUUAUCUUUUUUGGUGCAAUUCAGCAAAAGCAGGCUCCCUAGUUUGAUCUAAUCCACUUCUGUAGAGAGCCUUGCUGGAAGUCAGCCCCCUGGUUGCAGGACUGUACUUGUCAAGGACCAAACCAGGGGAACAGUGGACUCUUUCAUACUCUCCCGCCCAGUCCUUGUGCUGCUUGCGCUCUGAAAUGAGGAGACACUGAUAUAAAGAGGGCACCGACAGAUGAAGAGGACUCAAUGGCACAAAGUGGGCUUUCAGUCAGUGUUGCUUCUUCCCAUUCGAUGUAGGAAACCUUGUUGAGUAACUAGUGAAUCUGUUGCACUCGGUUAUUGAUCAUUUUUGCCUCAGAGAACGGGCACAACGUAGCCUCUGUCCUGAACAAUUGGCUUCAAAAUCAAAUCAAACAGACAUUUUUGUGUAAACAUGCAAAACCUGCAUUAUUUAUUUAUUUGAGGGUGUCUUUUUUUGUUUUGUUUUGGGGUUUUUUUCCUUAAAAAUGUACUUUGUAUAUGCUGUUGUGCCAUACCGGUGAUGGUGCAACAAUUGAGAACUCUGCAUGGGGAAUGCAGGAUGUGAACCACAGCCCUCGCUGCUGGAGGUACCAAACGUCUUUGUAAGUUUAGUGCUUUAUGUUCUUAUCUGCUCCGUCUGUAAAGCUGAAUAAGGUCCAGUGCCUUUUAUAUGAAUUAGAGGAGAAUUCCUUGUGACCUUCUCACUAAUGUGACUGACGUGAUCCAAUUGGUGAUGCAUACUUUUUCAGUUUUCUGUGCUGUCAAGAAAAACAUGUUGACGUUUUUAUGAAUCGGUUAUCAUAAGCUUUUUGUGGCUUUGUAAAGAGAUAUCAAUGACUUUAGCUUUCUACAUUAAGGGGCGUUAAUCAUCAUAUUUGAAAUGUUAUUUUUUUUCGUGCUCAUUUGCGUCCAAACUAAAAGGUGCCAGAAAGUGCUAUUACUAAUCCUGGAGUUUGAGACAUUAGAAAAUGGCCAUCCAGAAACAGAGCUAAAUUAUAAAACUCAAAUGCAGAUUUAUUGGCAACAUAUUAUUGGUCAGUUUUUCCAGGGCCAAAAAGAAAGUCAGGAGAAAUGUUGUCUAAGAAUUAGCUUGGAGACCCAACUGACUGGCACCCUAACUCAGGAUUUAAAAGCACUCUGUGGCAAGCUCAUUCAACCAGCAAGCUGCCACAUUGGCAAAUAACUGCUGAUGGGGGGAAAAAAGUGCUAAUUUUUAUAACUCAAAAUCUGCAAUCAUUCAGGUAGAUUUAAAUUCCUCCCUGCUUCUGACUAGCAUUUUUCACAACAGAGAAAUUCUUUCUAUAAGCAAAACUCUGCUGUGAUUGUGUAAAACAUAAUGGCUGUAAUACUAAUAAAUCACAUUAUUUCUUUUCUUUUUAGUGUUUUUUAGCUUUUAAAAAGGUAUCCGUUUUUGACACCAAAAAUUAUAUUUACCCUGAAAAGAUUUCCCUGCAGAGUACCAUCAGAGUGCAGGCUUCGUUUUAUCUAAGAAUCAUGUGGGGUUUUUUUGUUGUUUUUUUUAAGUGAAUGUUACUCUGCACUGAUAGAUUUAUGUUCUGUUUUCUGUACUGCCUUGCUUGUUAGCGUGAAAUGCCAAGUUAGCAUGACCAAUGAUCUCAGACUCACAAUAAUGAGAAGAAAAAUGGAGUUCUUUUUUUAAUUGAAGACGAUUCCUUUAAAGAGGACAGUGUAUAACUAAUGCCGAGCAUGUGUGUUUGACUUUCUUUUGUUUGAGGUUACAAACCUCAUUUGCUAUGUAAAUGUAACUUUAAUGUGAAUUAUUCCAAAACAAACAAACAAAAAAAUCCUGAAUAGUUUUUACUGCGGUCCAUUCAACUUCUAUGAUUGUUUGAUUGUUUUUUUUAAAUCUGCAUCUUUAUUUGUCGUCUUCUGCCCAGUAUUGUGAACGAAUGAUCUGUGACAGUUUAACUGUAAGUAAGCAUGAUGACUUUUCAAAGCAUAGGCGCUUUUGGGCCAUCGAUUUUUCUCUUUUUUUCUUUUUUUUUUUUUUAACACAAGCUGUCGGUAAAAGUCAGCCAGAACAAGUGAAAACACCUGCCUGCCAGCUUCAUCUUUUUGUAGAAACGUGAAGUGAAAAAAAUGUGAUGUAAAUUUUGGUCUUGUGGAAGAAGGGCAAAUUAGUUUUAGAUCUGACAUAAUUAACUGAGCUUCAGUCGAAGGUAUGCUUCUCUCGCUACACUGUGAGCUUUGCAAUUCACAUAGCAAGAGUAGAUUUUUGAAUUAUUUAAAACAGUGAUCAAACUAGAGAUGCUGACUUUUUUUUUAAAAUCUCAUUUUGAUGUGCUAAAAAACCCAUAUAAACAACACAUGUUCAACUAUUUUAAGAAAGAUAUGGAGAUAAUGGUGCACUGCACAGAGGCAGUGCAUUAUUAUUGCCGUCAUCUGGAAUUUAGUUGCUGCGUGCCUAGUUGUGAAGAAAUGCUUAAAAACGGAUCAUUUUAGCAAAUAUUUGAAGCUUUAGAUGAUUUAUUUCUUGGUUGCUGUGCUGGUUGACUGUUAAAUAAUAAAUCGGCUGUUGCAAACAACCAUCUCACAUUAGCAUACAGUUCUUUUUAGGACUAGUGCAAUUUUACAGAGAGGUUUUUGGACAUUUUCAUAUGUAGCUAGUUGGCAAGUCUUGGAUUAAGGUUAGUAUUUUUUUAAAACAUGUUUCCUGUUUUAACCGCAUUCUAGUGCAUCACCAGCAGGUGGGGUUUUCUGACGGCAAAAUCGCCUGUUUUUACUGUAAAGUUUGUAAUAUAAUCUUACUGCUUAUUUGUUCUGCGGCCUAAAGGCUUUGCUUAAGACUUUGUGUAUUCAGUCUUGAGUUUUACAUUGUUUGAAGCAAAUCAGGGCGUUUCAGCUGAGUCUAAUAAUAUUAAAUAAAGUGGACGAAGACGGGGAUGUUUUGGGCAGGGAUUCUAAAUUGUAAUGUACUUUAUCGAUCUCAAAGGAAUAUUUAAUCUUACUGUUACUGAUUGACGCUGAUCAAAGACGCCAACUUCUGCUUGAACAUUAGACAUUGCAUCUGGCUGAUCUGAAUGUCCCCUCAAGUGAGGGUUCUUUCUCCUCUUUUUUUGGUUUGUUUUAUGUAAGAAUAUUUGUUAAAAGUCAUCUAACCUACGAUGCAACUUGCUUACUUACAUUAAAAGACAUUUCAGUAACAUCAGCCUGUUGCCUGAUGCAGUUCCUCCCUGUCACUCAACAGAUUAAUGUGUGCACAGAGGACAGAUAAAUAGAAAUCCAUUUACAUGAGACUAAAUACUCAUACCACCAUAAAACACCAUUAGUUUGAUGCUGUGGCUUUAAACAAAAACUCUUGUACAUAGGCCUUUCACAAAGCCAGCAUAGCUGCACAAAUUUAAUAGGUGAUGAAGGAAACUUUAAUUUAAUCUGAAAAGGUCAAACAAAGUCCUUAGCCCUUGUCCAAGAAAUUUGUAAAAUUAGGACAAGAAAAAGAUAAGUUUGCAUGAGAUGAUUAGACAAUAAUGCAAAAUUAGUUUAGUCUGUUUAGAUAUUUUCACGGGAGUUUGGAAUAAGAAAACAUUAAAGCCAACAUCACAGUACAGGUUUCAUUUUUAGGGUUGCAAAUUACAUACAUCAACUUAUAUUAACGCCGUUAUAUUGAGGCUGAUUGAGACAUCACUAGCCAAACAUCAUUGUCGCACUAUCGGUAUAGCUUUUUUUUUUUUUUAUUAUCAUUUUUAUUUUGUAUUUUUCAGUUUUGUCAAUUUCUUAACAACCCGCAUUUGCAUACAAGGUAUAGAUUGGCAAAUUAUUCACCAUGUGGCUUAAUAGGGGCUUACUCUUUCAAUAAAUUGUAAAAUCAAAUUUAUUGUAAUUUAGCGUACAUAACCUUGCAGUUUUAGUUAUGGUGCUAUGAUAAAUUGUGUUGAAACAAACUUGUCUGAUCAUGUCAAACACAGUUAAGCCCAAGUGUGAUGAGUCGUUUUGUAGGGUUCAGCUUCUACUCAUGAUAUCUCAAUGACAUUUUUUUUUUUUUAUUAUUUAACAUGUAAAUGUUCUUUUUUUUUUCUUUGUCUUCACCUGAAGCAUUUGAUGCAAAAUGAGGAAGGAGAUCCACUUUUCAAAGAUUUUUUUCCCCUUUGUACCACUUUGACUUUCACCCAUUUUGUCCAGUUUGAUGCCAGCAACCCGGCUUGAGCAUGUGAAAAUAAAACUAGAGGUUUUGUUUUGAAUUGACUGUUUAUGGCCAAAAUAAAAAAUAAUCACAGAACAACCACAACCAUGUAAAACUUCAACACCAGAAUCAAAUAAAAAGAAAAAAUCUAAAAAA